GCCAGCUGGACAGCCCGUCUGUCCUAUGGGGACGAGCGGCAGAGGAGGGCGAGUAGGCGGUGCCGGGCGCUCGCCAAUGCCGCUGCCGGGAGGGCAGGAGCCUGGCUGAGCCGCCGCGCCAGCUCGGGGUUGGCUGCUGAUCGCGUCAGAGUCGGGGCGAGAGUCAGGUUGGGCUGGCAGGAGCUGUCGCUCCCUCGGUGAGCCGGUGAGGCAGUGGGAGUGGCUGACUCACCCUAUACAACCCUAUGGAUGGACCUUCAUCAGCAUACUCAUUUGCCUGUCCUUCAUGUUCCAGAGCUUCAUACCUAUUGUGCAAGGGGACCUGGGAAGCACAAUGGCUGACAAUAAAGCAAAGCCGACCAAACCUGCAAAUAAGACUCCUCCAAGGUCUCCUUCAGAUCCAACUAAGGACCGAGCUGCAAAACGAUUAUCCUGUGAUUCAAAUAGUUCCCAUGAGGGAGCUGUGGCAGGAGAAAUAAGUGCUCUGGAAGAGGCCUUUAGAAAAUUUGCUAUCCAUGGUGAUACAAGAGCCACAGGAAAAGAAAUGCAUGGGAAGAACUGGUCUAAGCUGUGUAAGGACUGUCAGGUGAUAGAUGGGAAGAAUGUGACAAUCACAGAUGUUGACAUUGUCUUCAGUAAAAUCAAGGGAAAGUCUUCUAGAACUAUUAGUUUUGAACAAUUUAAAGAAGCUCUUCAGGAACUCUCCAAGAAGCGAUUUAAAGAAAAAAGUGAUGAGGAAGCAAUUCAAGAAAUAUAUAAACUAAUUGAAGGAAAAGCACCAAUUAUAUCUGGAGUAACGAAAGCGAUUUCUUCUCCAACUGUGUCACGCCUUACAGAUACAUCAAAAUUCACGGGUUCUCACAAAGAGAGGUUUGAUCCCAGUGGGAAAGGAAAAGGCAAAGCUGGCCGAGAAGAUCUGGUUGAUACUUCAGGAUAUGUAUCUGGCUAUAAGCAUGCAGGCACAUAUGAUCAUAAAGUACAAGGAAGCAAGUAAGGCUUGAAGGUUUAAAAUACAGGGGGAGAAAGGGAAAGAGAGAAUAUAUUUUUAAGAAUGACAUAGAUGAGUCCCACGUGUUUCAGUUAUUGUGAAUGCUAAGACUAUGUGUUCAAGAAGUUUUUUUCAGAAACUGGAACUGAUUUUAACAUCUGCUGAGCAACUUGCAGCAUAGCACCACUUCAUUACAUUCCUUAUGUGUAUAUUGGCAAAAGAAAACGUACCAGUACAAAAAGGACAUCAUUUUGUUGAGCUCUUUAGACGAAAAGAAAAAAGCAAUGUCAAGAGCUGUUAUGCCACACUUUGUCAAUCCGAGCAAAAAAUAAAAAAUAAAUAAAAAAAAAAAUUCAAACAUUCCUAAAUAUCCAGUUGCUCUGAGGUUGUAGAAGAGAACCCUCUGAAAAAAGGUUCUUUCAUAGCAGCAUUUCUGAAAAGUAUGCCAUUACUUAGGCAGUUUGAUUUCACUACUGUUCUGGGGCUUUUAAAAAAAUGUCUUUUAUGGGAUCUGGCACUUUCCUUAAAAGAUUCAACAGUGUAUUAUUGUGGAGUAAGUUGUUGUAUUAUAUAAGGCGCUAAUCUGUAAAUUUCAUACAUCAUUUAUGAAAACUGAAAAGAAAAAAAAAAGGAAAAACAUAUUUUUGUGACAAUACAGGUUCUGAUGUAUUUAUGUCAGCAGAAGGAGGUGGCAAAUAUGAACCCUUACUGUCCUCGUGUCUGUUCUUUCUGCAUUGUUAUUGUGUUUACUGUAGUGCGUUUCUGACUGGCUGGAUUUAGAUGGAGCUAAUGUACUAACGUGGUGGGUGAGGAACAAGAUCUUGCUAUGAAAGUCUUCUAGGUCUUUUUGUAGUCUGUUCUCAAAUUUGAACUAAUUAUGCUUUAAAACCUUGAAUAUGACUAAACACUGCCAAUCAGAUUGCUAUUAAGUGAAUGUUGUGCACAUGCAUUGGCAUAUAUCCCCUUUAAGCUCUAACACAUGCAAUGGAAGUUUAUGGCCUUUUGUAUUAAGGAAAUAUAUAAUAUUAAUAUCCACAUAAUUAAUUAUAAUGAAUUGUAAUUAAUCACACAGAAAAAUAUACCGUUAUACCCAGGCUACGUGUUCUGUUAGUUUUGUCUGAAGCCGAAGGAUUUGUUUCUCUGUGCUGCCUUACUUGGGAGUGAUUUUAUUGAUGGGAAUAGCUUUAUAUUUCUAUGGAAAAAACAAUUGCAUACAUUUAAGGUACAGGCAGCUGGGUGUGACCUGCCUCUGGCUCAGAUUGCCAAAACGAGUUAACAGGAAUAAAAAUCACUCUUCUUCUUCUUCUCCUUUUUCUUUUUUUUUUUUUUUUUUUUUUUUUUUUGUCUUUGUAUAUGUGUGCAUACAUGUUACUGGUUAAACAAGAGAGAAAAGGCCAGUUCAAUUUUCUGUGAGAGCUGAACAAGUACUCUGACGUAUUGCUCUGCCUGUAAAAUUAUAAAAGAUAUAUUUUGGAGUAUUUAAAAACACCUUCUAGUAGUUUUGCUUUGCUUGUUUUCAAACAGAUGCACUGAUUUUAAUGUUUUGACUGUGGAUAAAGGCUGAUAAGUUUACAGUUUUUCUCCUACUCUGAUCAGCAUGCCUUUCAGAGUUAUAAGCUGUAUACUCUGAUCUGUGUCAUCAUAUUUCUUGCAGGUCACAAUCUGUAUUUGGCCUAUAUACAGAAAGCGCACUGGUUUUCAGUCCCUAACUGUUCAUGUUUUGUUUUUCUGACAUUUGGCCUGUCUUGUAAUUCAGCCUCCAAUGACCCUUUGAACCCAUGCUUCAGCCUGAACGCAAACAGCAAUGUGCAAAUACAAGGACUUCCUCAUGAACUUGAAGAUUUUUUGUUUGUUUAUAAUUUGUUUUGGUUUUUGUUUUGAGGAGGGAAGGAAGUUUGCCGAAGACUCAGCACAUGCUAUUGUAAGGAUUUGAAUAUCUUCUUCCCAUGAUUGACUCUGCUUAUCUGGGAAGAUUUUUGACGCAUCUAAGGAUGCUCAGGAUGAGAAGCUUUUUGAAGUCUUGACUAACUUAUUGCUCUUGAAGAAAAGUUUCAGUGGAGUGAAGGAGCACACACUCCUUUGUUGCACUGCUUACCUGUCACACUCCGAAAAAGAAAAUAGCACAUUGUUAUACAAGCAACGAUUAAAUUUUUCCAGCAUGGCAGUAGACUGGCUAACUGCAGAGAACCCUCUUUGUGAUACAGCAUUCAUGCCUGUGCACCUCAGGAACACCCUGGGAUAGGCCUGUAGCUUUUUUUGUAAGUAAAGAGGCUAAGUCUGUAACUCUUGACAAAUCCUCAGCUAAGUUACAGGCACGAUCAAUGCCCCUGUUCUUCCCGUUGACUCAGAGACUUAACUUAUUGGUAGCUGAAAAGAUCUGGACCCUGCUUGAAUCAAAGGUGAGGUCUGGUCUAUUGCAGAGCUCUUCCAACACGUUUUUGAUCUUGCUGUUUGUUGCUAGCUAGCUGUCAUGACAGGAAUAGUAGGUGAUACCUAACCUAAGGUGCACAAGUGAUAGGCUUUCUAAAGUACACAAAUGCAGAUACCAAAAUGUUACUGCAGAAGAAGGAAUGACAGGUUAGAAAAGUUUUACAGACUUACUAGGUUUUAAAUUGCUAGUCCAUGGCAUGAGCAAAAUAGGCACACUCGUAAGAUGUAGAAGGCAUGCAAAAGAAUUGGGAGUGGGGACAGAUUCAAGCUGGCACUUGAAAUGGAACAAAACUGCAUACUUGGAAGAGGCUGAUGGAACUAGCCAGCAGUCUGCUAGAGCUUAACUUUAUAUUACAGUAUGAAAUUCCUGCGAGAGCAAAACACUUUGGAUGGACCUGAUGCAAAUUUGUGCAAUAUAUACAGUGAUAUAUUAAGUUUUGGAUCAGGACCUGAAAAGGUGCUUCAGAUAGCAUAUGGUAUUCUGUUUUGAAGGACACACUUUUUCUUCUUCACUGCAGAUGGAUAGCUUUAAAUCUCUAUCAAAUACAUGAAAAGAAAUUUGAUAUGACAGCGAAGAAAGGAAGUUGUGGCUGGAAAAGUAGUAAUCGGUAAACAUUUUCCUCUCUACACUUGAUACAGAAGAUGCAGGCUAUGAAUGAAAGCAUAAAACCAUAGAAUCAUAGAUGCAUCAUAUAUAUGUGUAUUAGAACUUCAGCCACCCAUUUAUGCUCUUACUUUCUCACUAAUUUUGGUGGGUAGUGAAAAGCCUAAAUAAUAGCUUGAAUGUUAGCCAUGCUUGUUAAUGUUCCAGGCCUAUCUGGAAAUGAAGCCAAGUGUGUAUUUUAUUUGUUCAUUGACUCUUCCCUGCACUGUUAGGACAGCAAGCACAGCUUGUAAUUCAGAGAUUAUGGGAAAGGAGAGGUCAAGAGGUGCAGUAGAGCAUGCUCAUCAUCCUGUGCACCACUAUUCUAGACUACCUAAAUGACAUGCCUGAAGUAAGGACGUGUACUUAAUAAGGUUUGCACUCAUCUCCUUUUUUUGGGCAUCUAAAUUCAUUCCUUCAGACUUUCCAGUCUCAUUUUCAGCAGCCCAUCUGCAGUGCUCUUGUACGUGAUGUCAUCUAUAAAACCCUACUAUUCUUAAUAAUUUUGCUUUCAGUACUGCUGAACAUUGUUUUGAGAUAAACAUGAUCAAAAAGUUCAGGCAGCUUUUCGUGAUAACUGUAUUUAAGAACAAACUCAAAUUAUACCGUUUAUUUAAAAUUAAAGCCUUAGAUACUAUAAUAGUUCGCAAUCUUAAUAAGACUACCUAUACCAGAUUGAGAACAACAAAUUCAAAUCCUGACUGAGGCAAAAGAGUAAUAUUAUGGGAAAUCUUAAGUAAAAUGUGCAGAAGAAUUUUUUUAAUUAUUAUUAUUAGCUCUUGUUUGCUAAUUCCUCUACUCAUUCUUUGUGCUUUAGUUACUUGUUGAGAGUUUUCCAACAGUCAUACCUGUAUGGAAAAUCAGAAACAAGAAUUACUGUCCUUCAUAUGGCUAUCAAAGCUAUCACAGUAUUAUUACUGAAAGGCAGACAUUGAGUUAUAUGUUGUUUCAACAGUCCAGUGUGAACAUUUCUGAUUAAUUGUAACAAAGUACUUGGAAGACCAAAGGAAAUGCGGAACAUUGGCCACUUUCUUACUUUAGGAAAGUGAAAGGGUAAUUUCCAAACUACUGAUGUGUCACACCUUGUUCUUCAUUAACAUAGAGGUUAUCCUUCAAAGAUAUUUUUGAUUAAAGUAUGAUAUUUUUAAUGUAUUUUACUGAUAUUACCUCAAUCAAAAUUUCCUCUGAUAACUUUUUGGAAUCAUGAAGUUCAUGUAUUAUUUAUUUCAGUCAUGUUUUCCCUCUGUUGGCUCAAUUAAUACCAUUUUUAUAGCAGAUGGAAUUCAUUGAUAACCCAGAACUAGAGUAUAUGACUAGUUAAGAGUUUGGCUUGCAAGUGAGAGGUAUCAAGAGAGUCCUUGUGUAUCCUUCUCCAAACCCAAACCUUCAAAGUUGUAGUUAAGAAAGUUUUUUUUUCUUAAGCCUUGUCAUAGUUACAAAAUAAACUUCAAUUAUUUGUGUCUGCAUGUGUGAUAAGUAUCAGCUGUUUGGAAUAUAAACUAGCUUUACAGAAAUUGCAUGUAUUCUGGGGGCAUGCGCCUGUCAUCUGUGAGUAAGAAUUCUCUGUUAGCACUGGCCAAGAAACAAACCAUUUACUCUCAUGAUAGGUAAAAUGUAAUGUGUUGCACCUAGUACAUAUCCUUUAAACUGACUGUUAGCCUUGCGUGUGCACUAAAAUAACUACAGCUUUGUGUACAUUGUUUGUAGUGUGGAUAUUACGUUCUUUCUUUGUUAGUUGAUGGUAGGUAAUGUAAUACAUGAGACUUGUACAAGUUUGUGUGCACACAUACUUUCUAGAUUCAGAUAAAUAAUUAAACUGUGUAGGCACUGUCCUAAACCUUAAACCUUAAAGGGCCAAGCUCUAAUCCUGCAACUGGAGCUAUUCAGGGCCAGUUGGAAAUGCUACCAUUCUAUCUCCAUAGCAUGAAAGGAGGGAUCUAGGAGUGUUUUUAUGUUUUAACACGUACAACUACUCCCUUUCUAUUUCUGGAGGAAAGUGUUCUUCAGUAAAUCUGACAUAGACUUGUUGUGACAAGAAGAGUUCUUCCCUUGUUAGGAAGUAGGAAAGAGCCAGGGAUAAAUCAGUAGUUCCUCUGAGUGCUCCGAGGAGAUCACUUAAAAUUAUGCCCUCUGUAUUUUUCUUUAACCCAACUUUGAGAAGUAAGUUGACACUCACUAUGUAUGUGCAAAGUUUUUUGUCAUCAGUUGAAUAAGUACAUCGUGGUGUACUGGAGCAGGAGAUGGACUCUGACUCACAGUGUUUGUAGACUCGAGCCUUGCGUAAACCUUUAGAAAAUGAAGUACCUGAAACAUGGCAGAUUUCAAACUUGUGUGAAAUUCUUAGUCAGGAGUGGUACAUGAUUCAUGGGUGUGUACCUCCUAUAUUUGGAGUUUUGCCCAUAAAAUAGCAUUUGGACAUUGAGAGUCUAAUUUUGUGCACCCAAGUGCCCAUUUGGCUAACUAGAUAUAAGCUGGAAAUGAUAGACUGAGCUGUUCCUUUUAAGUCUUCAGAGUCCUAAAACUAGUGACAGACCAUUCAUUGCAUUCAUGCUUGCUUGUUUAACUCAAAAAUAAUGUUUCAAAAGAUUUCUCAGCUACGAUGCUUCAGGAGGCUAACGAAUAUUGCAGGUAGAUCCUCCAGAUCUUUACUGUCUAAUCAAUUUAUAUUUUCAGGAACAAAUAACUGUUAUGUACUUGGGGGUUUAUUUUUUGUGUGUGUGUGUGUGUGUUUUAGUAUAUCACCUGAGCUGUAUUUCUUCAAAAUCCACGUAGAGAUGAUGGGAUUCAAAACAAGUUUAAGAUGUAACUGUUUAUAGUUCUUGGAAAAUGUUUCAAUUGAGUUGUUUCAUUCCAAAUAAUUGAUUGCCCACUGUAGGCAGAUUUUGGCAAGAGCAAACUUGAUAAUAAAUAAAUAAUAAUUUGAAAAAAAAAAACAAAAACACAACAAGCAUAUUUACUGAGUAUUUUUGACAGAUUUACAAAUAACAUACUGGUAGUCCAAAAUUAUUUAGAAGUAACAAUAAUUUUGCUUUGUAAUCAUACUCACACACGUGCAUUUGCAUUAUUUUGGGACGGAUGAGUGGCUAGAGUACAGAGGAGGCUUUUUGGCUUGUUCGUUUUGGAUUAUUAUUAUAUUUUUAAUAUAUCUACAAAUUGACACUGGAGAGCCCAACUUGCUAACGUGACCUGGAAAGAUAAUAAAUACCUUCCACAUUCCAUUGUGGGUAAAGCAUCCAAUGACUUAGUUUUCAAAAAUAUUUUUAAAGCAUCUCUUUUUAUGAGUUAGUGUACAGCAUAUGGCGCUUGCACAAAGCAUUUGUAAAGCUCUGAGGUAAUUCAUGUAAUGGCAACUUCAACUUGACUUCAUAUGUUUUUAUUCAAGAUUUUUUAUUACACAUUGUUCAGGACAGGUCACAGACUUGAAUAAAGUUGCAUUCAAGUGAAUUUAAAAUAAAGCCCUAAAACUGUACUCACACUUCAUCCUCUUUACAUUUUACUCUGGAUGCUGUAGAUGAUAAAUGCAAAAAAAAAAAAGAAAAGAAAAAGAAAGGAAGAGCAGCAAUCUAUGUGGUAAUAUUCACCCACAGUGAUGAAUUACUUUAAGCUCCAGUUUAUGUUGGAUGCUUUUCUGCAUGCUUGCGUUUGAUCAAAUGUUAUUUUUAAACAAAGAAAUUAAAUAAUGUGAAAUAAUGCAGCCUGUGCUGUGUUCAGUAGAGUAAUAUUAAUGCAAGUGAAAUGCUGAAUAUCUGUAACAUUUAUCCUAAAUACAUACUAGCUCUUUAUAAAGGCUUUGUGUAAGGGCAGUUAUCCCAUAAACUGUAGGUAAAUCUGUUGGCAGACUACUUGUUAGCACUGCAGUGCAUGAAAUGACAAGGUCAUCAACAAAAACAAGUUACAGGAUGCAGCAGAGUUGUGUCUGUGUUUAUAUUUGUGCUGAGUUCAGAAUAUGUAACUUUUGGCAAAUUACUACAUCAGGGAAGAUGCUUUUAAUGCAAAGGAAUUUGUCUUUCUGUGAAGCAGAGAAAUAGUUGAUGUUGGGUAAGUAUGUAGGCCACUCUGAACGCACUGCCUCCUAUUUGUUUCCAUGGACACUACAACAGGUACAAGGAGCUCAGUAACACUAUUUGGUAAAUUCUCAGCUAUGAGGCAUUUAUUUUUCAGCAUAGUCACCACCAUUAGCUAUGCAUUUUUACCAGCCAUGCACAAGAGCCUGCAUGCAGUGCUUGUAAAGUUCUGUGCCAGCAGUGGCAAUCCACUGAAACACAGCUGCUACUGCCUCACUGUUCUCACAUCCAUUCUUUGAUUUCCAUGUUCGCUCGGCAAGCAUCAAUGAAUGCCAGUGGUUGCCAUCUUUUCUGCAGGGAGGAAUUCAGUGACGCACCUUUGCUUCAUCCACACUUCCAUGCCAGAUGCCAUUUUGUCAGACUGCCCCUCUGCUGCAUCUGUUGCACAGAAGCAAAAUGGAAUGGAGUGUUGGUGGGAAUGUGCAGCUUCUACUGCCAUACCACCAACAACCACCUCUGAUGUCGUGGGCCCACGCACUAAAAUAGGAGGCAUUACUUUCAGAGCACCCCUCAUAUGUUGAUGUUUAUUCUUUGCACGGUUUUAUGUAUCAGAUUUAAAUAUUGCAAGAGGAACAUAUUUAUACAGAAUUAUAUUUUUGGAAUCUCUGGGGUUGGUUUUCUUCAGUCAUUAACCAUUUAUUAAUCUAUCCACAUCAUGCUUUAUUCCUUUGCUAGAUUAUUUAUCUGUCCGUGCUAUCCCGAUUUUUUUUCUUCUUAUUUUUGUUUAGGUGGUUUGAUAAUUUAUUUGCACAAAUUUGAAUGUGCAUGCCAUUAGGAUCUGACUGUAAAGCAAAGAGGCAAAACAGUUUCAUCUUUGCUUACCUGGUGCACUUAUUAAAACCUAAUUGUUAAAUAAUUGAGGUAGAUCGUGACAUAGUUUUCCAUGGAGUACUGUCCAGCAUGAUAAAAGCCUUCAGUGAAUUUUACUAUUUCUUGCUCUUGUUUUGAUUUCUUUUUCAUCUUGGUCUAAAAAAAACUCCAAGACAAAACAAAAGAGCCUAGGAAGCUGCUACCUGCAGUAUUUGCAACAUUUGACAUUUCUAAUAUUAGCUGUCAGCUGUACUGCCUACUUUGUUCACUGUGGAAUUUUCAACAUGGUAAAAACUUUGCAAGAUUAUUUAAUCUUGCAAGCUUACUUUUUUCUCCCCUGUACGUCGAGAAAUCUUUUUGUGAUUAUUGCACAUGAACAAUUUGAGCAAAGCGUGUCUUGAUCUUACCUGCAAUGGCUAAACACAUCCUAAGCAGAGACUUUUAACCAUAUUGUAAAGGGGUCCAGGCACUGUCUGGUGCAAAGCACACUAGGCAAAAUCUUACCACCACUGCAGUCACUGCGAGAAUUCUGACAUUAGCCAAAAUAGAACCACCAUUGUAACGGGGUUAAUAUGCUUAAUAAGCAUGACGAGAAGUUUCGUGGGAUCACAACAUUGAUUCCCUCUUUCCAUAUCUUUGUUUCUGUUAAUUUAAAAUUACUACUACUCGAUCUUUAAAACAAAUAAACUUGAAGGGGGAUCAUAUACUACUAGUUUGUACUAAUUUUUUUUUUUUUUUUUUUUUUUUUCAGGAAAGGGAAACAAAUUAUAUAUAUAUAUGCAAUAUAUUUUUACACUGUUUAUUAAUUUUAGGAAGUAUUAAAUGUAUCACUUUAUCAGUGUGAGUGUCAUAGUAAUGACAAUGCUAUGGAUGUUUUAAACGUUCCAGAGUUGUCUCAUUAAAUUCUAAGAAAGUAUUAACAAAGGAAAAUCUAUUUUGUCUCCAAUGUUACUAUCAAAGUUUUUGGGAAAAAAGUUGAAGUACAGCAAUUUGAAUAGCACUGUAAAAGCUUGGCUUGAGAAGUUGUAGUGAAAUCCAUACUGUAAACACCGUUUUUUAAAGCAGGAGUUCUCGUAAAGUAUGUUACUGCUGUUGACUGACUGUUUAAAUUUGUAUCUUUAGUUGGUAAAGUGAUCAAUAAAUGUGUUACUACAUCA